AUGCCUCUAGUUGUACUGUGGACUAUUUUAAAUAAAGACAAAGGUGGUUCUGUCAGAUGCCAUCAGUGUUUCAAGCAAUACAAGCAUCAGAUAACUCUCAAUCGACAUUUAAGAAUCGAAUGUGGAAAAAAAUCAAGUUUCGCUUGCGUGAUUUGUCAAAUGAAAUGUCCUAACUGCGACAGAAUAUUCAAUAAAAACUGUACGUUGAAUUUCCACAUGAAGUACAAUUGCGACGAAAGUCCUAUAACUUGUCCAAAAAUCAGUUGUCCCUACGUAGGACAACGGAAAAAUAUGAAGGAUCAUUUCAUUUCCCAACAUGGAGGAUAUUUAACGAAAAGAUACAACCUCUACCACUCCACCACUCUAGAGCAAAUAACAGGACAGCAAUAUCAUUUCGCUUGCAAGAAAUGCGGAAGGGCUUACAAAAGGAAGAGUUCCCUGUAUAACCAUUGUCGGUGGGAGUGCGGUAAGGAGCCUCAGUUUAAAUGCGCCUAUUGCCCCUACAAAGGGCGACAGAAGAUUCACUUCAUCAUGCACGUCAUGGCGAAGCACAAGGAGCACAAACAAGAGGUCUUAAAUAAUGCUUAUAACAAGUAGGGGGAAAUGGGGAGAAUAUUUUUUACUCCUCCUUUCUGUAUUUUACCAGAAAAUGUAAUCAUCCUUACAUAUUUUACUUUAUCACAUUAAUGAAUCAAAUUUUGUUGUUAUCAAACUAUUUUGAACAGUAGAUUAUUCUUGAAAAGUGAUAAAUGCUUCCUUUAAAAGCUUUGUAGCAGUAAAUGUGAUUGUUAUACAGGGUGUACCAACAAUGCUUUUUGAGAUAAAAAUUGUAGAGUACAAUGGAAGCUAAAAGGUGUCUGAUGAAUGGGCGACUAAUCACAGUUGUUUUUUAAAUGAAACACCUUUUUACUCUAAUGAAUUCUUUUGGAUGAGUGUUUUUCAAAAAUAUAGGGUUGUAUAGGAUUUCGAAAUUUAUGAUGAGAUUUAUGUCACCAAAUAUCUCAAAACCAAUAAUUUGAAAUAAGAAAAAUUUUCCACCAAAUAUCCUAGAAAAUGAUGUAUUUAAUUUUCCUAUUCAUAGUUUCACCGAAUGGUGCUUUCCUAUACAGGAGCAACCAAAACUCGGGAUUACUUGUUUUUCAGUUUUGUCAAGUAUAACUCCCUGUAAAUAAGGCCAUACAGAAUAGUCCUCACUAUGAGCUCGCAGAAAAUAUAGGGUUUACCUACUUGAUUUUUAUCGGAAAGUAUAAAAAAAUUGUAAAAUCCGGACAAAAAGUUGAAUAAACAAUUUAAGAAAGCGUAAGUCACAUAUACAGGGUGUCCCGAAAUUAGACGGUCAUAUUUUAACAGCGUAAAACAGAAAUAAAAGUUCAUAUAAACAUAGGUCCGAAAACGUUUCGUUUUCGAGAUACAGGGUGUUACCAUUAAAGUCCUGAUGGCAUAUUUUUGUAAAUAUUUUCUAAAAUUUCUUUCGUCACCGGUUUUUCAAAGUAAAAAAAAAUAAAAUUUCUGAUUUCAUAGGCCUACUAAUUAUUGUUUACACUUUUGAAUAAGAUAACAUCAACUUAUCAUGAAAUUUUCAAAUACUUUUUUCUUGAAAAUGGUGCGUCCUAGCGAGAUGCAACAAAAGUAGCUUUAUUGUAAAGAAAACAUUGGUUUUCCAAAUUUUACAGUCAAAAAUGGUAAAAACUGUCAACAAAGCAACUUAGGGCUAUUUUACCCUAAGUCCCCCCUAAUUUACCCACCUAUGAAGAUGAUCAAAAACUGGGGUUUAGUCCGUUAAAUAGAGCGUAAAAAGGUAAGCAUUUGUACCAAAUUACACUUAGUUAUCUUUAAACGUUUAAAAAAUAUUUACAAAAGAGUGUCAUCAGGACUUCACUUUUAACACCCUGUAUCUCGGAAAAGAAACUUUUUCGGACCUAUAUUUAUAUGAACGUUUACUCCUAUUUUAGGAUGUAGAUUAUAUGACCGUCUAAUUUCGGGACACCCUGUAUAUCUAUUGGACGUCUUGUAUAUUGGUAGUUAUUUUUGGAAUAUAGCUUUCAUUGGUCUCUACAAUUUCGCUGAUUCGCCCUGUAUUAAACAACUACUAGUACUGUGAUUACUAUUUCGCAGGAUAUAGUUAAAAUAUUGGUAUUGUCGUUUAGUAAAUAUACCGGGUGUUCAAAUUUAAGUGUUACAGUUAAAUACCGCCGGAAAUAUGCAUUUUAGAAAAAUCAGUUUUAGACGAAACUUUUAUAGUUUUUCGGAGGAAACAUUUUGGCUUAAUUCAUUUUUUUAUAGCUGACCAUAAUAUGGCCAUAUCGAGGUGGACUUUGUUUUUUUAAAUGGGAAUCUCAUUUUUUGUUUAUAUAUUCUUAAAGUACAUAAGAAAAUAAGAAACUUUUGAUGGAAAUAUUUUUUUUAUUGGACUGUUACUUUUUGAGUAACAGCUACUUAAAAAUUUUGCUGGGGGAAAGAACAGUUGGCCAUAUUAUGGUUAGCUAUAAAAAACGAUUUUAUCCAAAAAUUUUUCCCCACAAAACUAUAAUAAAACUUUUGUCUGAAACGUUUUUUUUAAGGCGGUAUUUAGCUGUAAUACUUUAAUUUGAACACCCGGUAUAGUUAUUCAACUAUACCUACAGGGGAGUCAAGCUCAACGGGACGGAGACUGGUGGGUAAACUACAAACGAUAUUAAAAAUAUGCACAAAUAUACAACUCAACGCCGGCUACAAAUUAAAAUUACUUUCAUAUAUACAGGGUGUACAUUAACGAUUUAUUUGACAUAUUUUAUGUAGUGCUGUCAAAAUUAAAUAAUUUCUCUUUAUUACAAAAUAUUGAAUUAAUAAAUUUUUGACAGUUCCUUAUAAAAUGUUUUUACUUUGUAUCGGAAUCAUUAAAAUUUUCAAAAAAUGUACGGGGAGCUUGCAAGAAAACACAUUAUGUCCCAUUUAGAAAAAUAUAAUUUUAUAAUGGUAUUCUGGUUUGGGACACCUUGUAUAUAUGAAACUAAUUUUUAAUUGGAGCCGUCAUUGAAUUAUGUAUUUGUGCCAAAGGAAUUUUUAAUAUAUUUUUUAUUAUUUUACCCACCAGGCUACGUCUCGUUGAGGGUGACACACCCUGUAAGUUCAACAUUUUUAAAUUAGAAAUUUUUGCUUGUUUGUCAUAUCUGCUUCUUUCCCUAUCUGUAUUAGGGUUUCUCAUAUCAACAGGUAUUCAAAAAUGCAGAAUACUUUUGAGAAGUACCGUAUAUUUUAAUAUGUUUUUUUUUGAAAAAUAGCACUCUUAAUAUAUUUAAUUUCAUGGUCACUUUUAUAUAGGUUCUCUUCAGAGUUUGGUUUUGCACAUAACUGCAACACUAUGAGGAUUAACUUCAGAGUACUAUCGUUUGUGUCUUAAUAAAAAAUAUUUUAUAUUGCAGAAUAAAAAUAUGGUUCUGAUAUUCUAUUUUCAUAUCUUGGAUACAAACAAAUGUUAAAAGUCUAUUAGUAGUGGCGUCAAAGUAGGACUAAAAACGCAGAAACUUCGAACUUUGGUCGGAAAGGUCCGAUUGGGCUAUUUUUUUUCUGCAAAAUGUUCAUUGAGACAUGAGAUUCAAAGUUCACCAAAAUCUAGAUGCCGCUCGGCCUCCCUCCCGCCCCAAAUUCACCCCAAUUGGGGGGUAUUCUCGGCUUUUUUCAACAAGCCACAUACUUUCUAAAACUGCAGUCCCAAGCGGGGCAAAUGUUCCACUAGGGGAGUUUGAAGUGCCCUGAAUCCAUUAUUUGGGUUAGGUCGCCUUUGCGACCUUCACAGGGGUUUGUGACAGGGCGUCUGGGGGUCCAAAAUAUGAGAUGUCCGUGGAAAUGUGUUUGGGCUGCCAAGUUGCGUCAGGGGGGUUUAGAAGGGCGGAGAUCUCAAUUUCAUCGAGAAUUAAGCCUUUUCAAGCCAUCAGAGCCGUAUACACAGGGGCCCACUCAUGAUUACGCAGGAUUGAAUUUCAGGACACAGAAUUGGUAC